UCAGUCUUUUGCAUUUUCUGUUCGAUACAUUUUUUUUUAAAACUUUCUCAAAAUUGCAGGGUUGUGGUUUCCCAGAAAAAUGACGAUGACUCUUUAGCCUGGGAACUAGCUUGGAUAUGCAGUUCACUUUAUUCCAACAAUGCUUUAUCAGUGGUAAUGCAUGAAGGAAUCAAAUGUUCUCAUUAGGAGCAGUGAUGGGAAAGUCCUGUCACCCACCACAUGCCGUGUCCUCAGCACCCAGUACUUGUUUGUCUUGUUGCAAGGGUCAAAAGGUUUCCCAGAACUGUUUUACACUGGUUACCAGUUGCUUACAUACAGUAUAAAUACAACCUUGUCCUUAAAACAAGAUUGACCCACACAACAUACAUCAUGAGGAGCCUAGUGGUUCUCACUUUAGUAGUUACUACCGCAUAUGGAUGUGGUCUUCCUACUCCCCCCCCCCCCAUGCUUAGCAGAGUGGUGGCAGGAGAGGACGUCAGGCCCCACAGCUGGCCCUGGCAGAUCUCACUCCAGUCAGACAGUAGUGGGCGCUGGAGGCAUGUCUGUGGAGGAAGUCUUCUCUCUUCUGAGUGGGUCCUCACUGCUGCACACUGCAUCAAUGACCGCUACAACUACAGAGUGGAGCUGGGUAAACACAGCCUGAUGACAAGUGAGGAGGGCUCCAUGGCUCUGACGGCAGCUAAAACCAUUACUCAUGAGGAUUACAACAUCCUGCUCAGCCGUAAUGAUAUCGCUCUCAUCAAGCUGUCUUCUCCUGUUACUUUCUCUGACACAAUCAUGCCUGCCUGCAUCCCAGACGAGGGCAUGGUCCUGCCCCAUGGCGCUCCCUGCUAUGUCACUGGCUGGGGUCGCCUCUCCACUGAUGGUCCUCCAGCUGACAUCCUGCAGCAGGCCCUCCUUCCAGUGGUAAGCCAUGACAUCUGUUCACAGCAUGACUGGUGGAGCGUCCUGGCAACAGACAAGAUGGUGUGUGCUGGAGGUGAUGGCAUCACUGCUGGUUGUAAUGGAGACUCUGGUGGUCCACUGAACUGUCAGAACCCUGAUGGCUCAUGGGACGUCCAUGGUGUUGUGAGCUUUGGUUCUGGUCAAGGCUGCAAUGUGUUCCAGAAACCCACCGUCUUCACAAAAGUCAAUUCCUACAUCGACUGGAUGAACACAGUUAUGACCACCAACUGAAGAAGAUAUUCAAGAGCUAUUGGCAGAAAUAUGAACAACUGUUAUUGAUAACGUACUCUCUUUUAUCUGUCAAAUAAGAAGAGAGGUACUGUUUAGUGGUGCGAAUGAGUGCAAUUCCACUGACUGUCAAUGUAGAGCUUUAAUACUCUGUGUGCUGCACACUUCAAAUAAAAGCAUUUUUAAC